AUGUUGCGAGGGUGGCGCUGGGUUGUGGUAAUGUUGAACGCUGUCGCCGCUCUGUCGCCUGUGGUUAAAAUAGGUGCCAUAUUCACCGAGGACGCCCGUGGGGGCAGCGCCGAGCUGGCGUUCAAGUACGCGGUGUACAGGAUCAAUAAGGAGAUCAGCUUACUGCCCAACACUACCCUGGUGUACGACAUACAGUACACACCGGCGCAGGAUUCCUUCAGGACGUAUAAGAAAGCGUGUACACAGAUCAAGUCUGGUGCCGUGGCGUUGUUCAGCAGCGCUGGUCCGCUCCUCGGCGCAACUCUAGGCGCCAUCAGCCGCACGUUGCACACGCCUCACUUCAUCGUGGCGCCACAUCUGUACGACUUCGCGAACGAUACCGAAUCAUUCACGAUAAACCUGCAUCCACCCAAAGAUCUGAUCGACAAGGCAUUCCUGGAUCUCACCUCAUAUCUCAACUGGACCAGAAUGGGUAUCAUAUACGAAGAUUAUGGUUACGGUGAACUCAACGUCCUGAACAUAGCCAAGGACGGCCGCGAUAUGUACGCGGUGCGGUGCGACGACGCGGGCGAGUACAGGCGUGCGCUCGCGCAGCUCAAGGCGCAGAGGAUACACCACAUCUUGGUGGACACUGACCCGAAGAAAGUGAGGCAGUUCGCGAGGGCGAUAUUGCAGCUACAAAUGAACAACGAAUAUUAUCAUUACAUAUUUACAUCAUUCGACAUGGAACUUUUCGAUUUGGAGGACUUCUACUACAACCGGGUGAAUAUCAGUGGAUGGAGACUGGUGGACAGAGCCUCUGAUAAAGUGAAGGAAGCUCUUCAAGUGAUGGAGAAGUUCCAUCCAAUAGGAGCUUCAAUCCUUAGCGGAGGACAUAUUAAGACUGAACCUGCGCUUCUUUACGAUGCAGUACAAGUCCUAGCUUUGGCUUUAUCUAGCACAGAAAAUAUUCGUUCAGACAACGUGUCUUGCGAUAAAGAGACUGUUUGGACACAUGGGAGAUCUUUGUUGGACAAUAUUAAUAAUAUCAAGGCGCACGGUCUAACAGGUCCAAUAGAAUUCAAGAAUGGCUCCCGAAGCAAGUUCAACCUUCAGCUGAUGAGGUUGUCUGGUGGAGAGAAUGGUGGAACUGUUCUCGCCGGUCACUGGUCGCCCACCGAGGAGCUGAAGAUCACAGACCCGGCGGCUUAUAAGAGAGACCCACCACCGAACGUCACUCUGACAGUUGUCACUGUUGAGGAAAAACCCUACGUAAUGGUGAAAGAAGGCUGGAACCUGCAAGGCAAUGCGCGCUUCGAAGGUUUCUGCAUCGAUCUUCUGGCGCGAGUAGCUGCGCGCGCUGGUUUCCACUACCAGCUACGAUUGGUGCCCGACAAUAUGUAUGGGGCACGGGACCCCAAUACGGGGCACUGGAAUGGGAUCGUACGGGAGCUGGUUGAUAGGAAAGCUGACAUUGCCGUGGCUUCGAUGACCAUCAACUACGCUAGAGAAGCGGUCAUAGACUUCACUAAACCAUUCAUGAACCUCGGCAUCGGUAUAUUGUUUAAGGUGCCUACAUCACAGCCUACCAGAUUAUUCAGCUUCCUAAAUCCCUUGGCCAUCGAGAUUUGGCUGUACGUCUUGGCGGCGUAUAUUCUCGUCUCUUUCACGCUGUUCGUAAUGGCGAGGUUUUCACCAUACGAAUGGUCUUCCAGCACUCACGUUUGCGGGCACGAAACCAGAAUCCUCACGAACCAAUUCAGCGUGUGCAACUCCUUUUGGUUCAUAACGGGCACCUUCUUGAGGCAGGGGUCUGGAUUGAAUCCGAAGGCGACAUCUACUCGCAUAGUGGGCGGCAUCUGGUGGUUCUUCACCCUCAUUAUAUUGUCUUCAUACACCGCUAACUUGGCCGCGUUUCUAACGGUCGAACGGACCGUGUUGCCGAUACAGAGCGCGGCCGACUUGGCGGCGCAAAACGCCGUGCAGUACGGAACGCUCAAUGGAGGGUCGACAAUGACGUUCUUUCGGGACUCCAACAUAGACAUCUACCAGAAGAUGUGGCAGCACAUGUCUACAGCAUCCCCCCCGGCACUCGUGUCUUCAUACGAGGAGGGUGUGAGGAGAGUUUUGGGGGGAAACUAUGCCUUCUUAAUGGAGUCCACCAUGUUGGACCAUAGAGUACAGAGGGAUUGUAACCUGACACAGAUUGGGGGACUGCUGGACUCUAAGGGUUACGGUAUAGCGACUUGGAAAGGCAGUCCGUGGCGGGACAAGAUAUCCCUCGCCAUUCUCGAGUUGCAGGAGAAGGGGGUCAUCCAGAUCCUCUAUGACAAGUGGUGGAAGAACACGGGCGACGUGUGCAACAGAGACGGGAAGGAUAGCAAGGCCAAUCCUUUAGGAGUUCAGAAUAUAGGCGGUGUUUUCGUGACAUUGCUAUGUGGACUGGCCUUAGCCAUCAUGGUGGCGAUCUUGGAGUUCUGCUGGAAUACAAGGAAGAACGCUUCACAAGAUCGUCAGUCAUUGUGCAGCGAAAUGGGACAGGAGUUGCGUACAGCCAUGCGCGGCGGUUCCUCCACGCGCACAGUAUUGCGCGGAGGGUGUUCGCGCUGCUCUCCAGCCGCGCAUGUACCCGCGCCCCCUCCACAUAGAUCUUUACACGAUCAUCAGGUACAAGACGUCCCUAACACUGGAGUGGAAUUGAAGGAGCUCCGCUGGUCGUAGCGCGGCGCGCGGCGAGGGCCGGCCUCCGCGCCAUCCUCGCCAGCGCGCUGCCAUUACCACCCACCGCGACGGUGCUCACAUUAUAAUUCCGUCGGUUCUUUAGGAAGGACGACAUCCACCACAUACGUCUUGAAGGAGCCGAGGGAAAAUCCGCCGAAGAAACAUGUACAGAUUGUGGCGUAGCAUAAGUUUAUUUGUAAGUUAAAUAAGUAUCUGAUAUAGAUAUAUAAAUACUUCAAGCCAUGCAGAACAGCGUCUUGUUUUCAAACAGAACAUCACAGCGUUAUCAGAUUAAAGGCCUAAUUAAUAUAUGGCAUCAUUUAAGCAAACAAAAGCAUGUUUAUCUCAAUAUAAAAAAAAAUAUAGAAUGAAAGUUAUUCUUUGGAACCAUUUCCAGCCAACGGUAUUAAAUACCCUAGAUACACCAACACGAACAAAAUCGUGCCCGAAAUCUGUCCAAAAGGUACAUCGAACGAUCCACGGAGCUCCGUAAGAUGAUCGCGUAGUCAAAAUCAAUAUAAGGCAUUAUUUAAAUAUUGAAAGUAACCUUUAAUACAUACUGUAUAAAGGUCUUAAAUAAAACGCAUGCGUCAACGACUUCUGACUGUUCGAAAUGCAAGCUUUGAACGCGCUGUUAGCAAUAUAGCAGGCACGGACCGCGAGGAAAAGAGACUGCUAUAUGGCGACGUAUAACCGACCAUGCAUUUGAAUAUCACAAAUAUUAUUUUAUAAUAAGUAUUAGAUCAAAAUUUACUUUAAAUGGGUUAAAUUAACAAUCAUUGACUAGAUACCUGUUGAAAAAACGACACUUUUCGGAUUCUAAGUAUUAUUUUCACAUUUUUUUGCGGAGCUCUGUGGCAUCUUGACUUUGUAACUGACUGUGAACCAAGAAGUGCUUGAGUGGAGUUCAAGCAUUUCUUGAUUGGGACACAUUUUGAGCGUUCGUGGUGUAUCUAGGGUAUUUAAUAUCAUUGUUUCCAGCCUUUAAAAUACUUUUCUCACAUCAUCAGUAUAUUAAAAGAGACAGGUGUAACAAGACGCAUAAUUUAACAUAAAGAAUAUCUCUGCUUUCGUCUUAUUUGUAUAAUGGUUUGUCUUGACGUGGUUUUAUUAGGUUCAUAUACCGCCAUCUUAAACAGCUGUCAUCAGACUCCUCUUUCCCAGUGGGCAUUUUGGGCAAGUGCCCAGGGCCCCGCGAUCGAUAGGGGCCCGUCUCAGAUCAAAUACAAAGUCCCUAGUUCCUGUUAAAUCACCAAACGGGGGUCAUAGCGGCUCCAUUAUCCUAAUAUGCCCGGGGCCUCCAAUAGGUCAAAGACUGCACUGGCUGUCAUCAGAUGUCUAAUGGCUGAGUAUAAUACAGAGAUUAUUCCUUUUGUUUCACUAUGCCUUGCGACACUGUCCCCGACUCGACUCUACUAACAUUGAAAUAUUUAACAGCGUCGUCGGUGACUCAGAACGCCUGAAAAAAUACCUACCUACUAAAUAUUUCUCUAAAUCUAUAAAAAAAUAAAGGUAAUCUAUUUUAUGUUUUAACACAGUAUAAUAUGAUAUAUUAUGUGUUUAAGAUAAAAUGCAGUCAAGUAUUACCGUAAUUUGCAUUUGAACGAAUGCAGCAACAAUUACGUUAUCAAGCAGGUCCACACUCGGCGAUGGCUACGACAAAACUGAGGCAAUGCCGCAUUUCCCGCCACCCGGCUGGCAAAUAUGUAGAAUACGUUUCGGUUCGCGGUCAUGAGUACGGUAGGUUAUACCUUCCGUACUCAUGACCGCGUUACAUUCAUAUUAUGUUCUUUGUGGCAUUGCUCUUCAAGUUUCCAUACAAAAUUUGAUAAUGACAUUUUGUACUCACAAACUAUUCGAAUUCGAUAUUGGUUCGUGAUAGGGUACUGUACUCCUUUACUUGCAUGGUUAAAAACAUUCUGCUAUGAACUGACGUAAGAAACGGAGGAAAAUUAUGCAUUUCUCCAAAAUUUUAUUUCGAUGUCAUAUAUACCUAGUCACUUAUUGGUUUUCUAAAUUAAGGUAUAUACAAAUACAAUUGUGUUCGUGUAGUGUAAAUAUUUUUUAUACAUUAGGAAAUAAGAUAAGUUUUAAGCUUUGUAAGACAAAUAUUAAAUGGAUCUAAUUAAUGUUCUCUGAGAGAUUGUUUCAGUGCGACUUUUAUCUUUACACCAUUGAUAAUAUUAAAUUUAUAUAAGUCUGAUUUUUCAUCUUAGAAACUCAUUCAAAUUUUAGGACGCUAAUAAAAAUAAAAUCCAUGAGCUUUUUUAAUACCAACGUAUAAGACGCUGACUCGAUAUAAACGUAUUCAUUAAAUUUGACUGUAUAUCAACCUAAUCCAAUGGAAUUUAACCUAACGUGCAAGAUAAGGUACGGGCCACACAGAGAAGAUGUAAGACUCAGACGGGGCGCAGACAUUGGCAGUGAGUUUCAUACAAAGUGUAAAAAACAUAAGAAGCGUCGUGUCUGCGCCCUCUCUUAUGCUGUAUGUUUUGCAACGCGACGCUUCUACGCGUAUUAUAGUUAUUAACGGGAUUGUUACCAUUUAUACCAUGUACCUUCAGACCCCUAUUUCCCAAUGGCCAUUUUGGGCAAGUACCCAGGGCGAUCGAUAGGGGCCUCCCUCAGAUCAAAUAAAAAGUCCCUAGUUCCUGUCAGAUCACAAAACGAUAACCAAUAUUUAUUACCAAAAAACUUUUAUAAUUCGAUGAAAUCGAACCUAAAUUACUGACCACAAUACCAACUUUACAAAUAACUAGCUUACUAGCUUUUACAUAAGCGAAGCUACUCUACUCUCGCCCAAAAAUUAGGCUUUCCGACUUCAGCAUGCUUAGAUUUUAAAUGUAAAUAAAAUAAUAAAUAAAUAUUUCCGACACUCACACCAAUUAGCCUAGCCCCAAAGUAAGCACUAUAAGGCUUGUGUUAUGGGAUGCUAGGGUAACGGAUAGAAUACAUAUACUGUGCAUAUAUAAGUAUAUUUAUAUAAAUACAUAUUAAACAUCCAUGACUGGAGUACAAAUGCUCGUAUUCAUCACACAAACAUCUGCCUCCACCGGGAUUCGAACCCGGGACCUCUCGAGUCGGCGACAGCCAUGAAACCCGGCGUACAAACCACUCGGCCACGGAGGUCGUCAAAUAUACAUACAUAUUAUAUGUAUAUUUAAAUUUAUCUAAGCAUGCUAGGUAUACUAUGCACAUACACAUUUAAAGAAAAAUCAUCAGUAGUACACUCAUCAGUAUGACUCGCUCCACAUCAAAGUCAUAGGGGGGCCCAUUAUCCUAAUAUGCCCAGGCCUCUAAUAGGUUAAAGACGGCCCUGUGUACCUUGAUUUUUAAGAGUCUCCGAUAUUUCGGCACUGUUGCAAGCGCCAUGACACAGUAACUGUUCGGAGUAGUGUUAUCAUGGCGCUUUCAACAGUGCCGAAAUAUCGGAGACUCGUAAAAAACAAGGUACAUAAUGGUGCCAAUUCUGGCGUGAUUCUCUAAACUUAAAACUAAAUUAAACAUCAGUCUCUCCUUUUCAUUCUGUAUAGAGAAUGACAAGGAUAUACUGCUGUCAAAUUUAAGUUUAGGUUUAGAGAAUCAUGCUAGAAUCAACACCAAUAACAAUCCCGUUAAUAGCUAAAAUGUUAGUGAUUACGAAAUUUUAAAAUAAUGCAUCUAUAAGGACGCGGAAGAGUCAUCCGCGCCCCGUCUGCGUCUACGCCUUUUAAGGUAUAAGGGACGGCAACGCGACGCUCUGGUGCUAUAGAAAGUAGCUGCGUUCGUUAUUUGCGUCUUAUCGCCCCUCAGGUUCGAGUGGUCUAGAGGCUCCAGACGGAGAGGAGACUCCCCCCGUGGGGAGAUGCCAUCCGCCUGGAAUAACUCUAGAGGCUCUCGCCAAUUCUCGGCUUGAGGUCUCCUUAGGAUCUCGCCGUCCCCAAACCCGGUGACGCUGUAAAGGUCAUCUGCGACCAAUAGCAUACACACUUGAAAAAAAUUGGGUGUAAUAAAAAAACUUUUUUGUCUAAAAUGUUCGUUUUUACAUCUAGAGUAAAUCUGAAGCGUUCGGUAAUUCCGCUCAGGGGGCCAUUCGCCUAAUAUGGGAUGAAAUGUUUUGGAAAACGCUAUAGCUUACGAUUUCAUUUCGUUAUGUCUAGCCGCCUGAGGUUUUCAAAGGCCUCGCGCUUUUUUUUUCUUUUGCAUUGGUAAUAACAAUAUUAAAAAAAAGGAGCGUGAGGUAUUUGAAAACCUUCGGCGGUCAGAAAUAAUAAAACAAAAUCGAAAGCGUUAGCGUUUUCCAAAGCAUUUCCGUUAGGCGAAUGGCCCCCAGGUAUGAGUCUGAUAUAAAUCUGUUUGCUCGGAGUAUUUAUGACCUAGGAGAAAGAUCAAUCUUGUUAUCUGUCAUGUUGUGGGGUUACUUUGAGGUUAGAAAUUAAUUUACGGUUGGUUGGCCCGUGCGGUGAUAGAAAUUUACUCAAAUUAAUCUGUGAUCAGUAGACCAAAAAUCUGUCACCUCCGCGACGCAAAUACCGAACGCAGCUAGAGUCUGUGCGGAAAGAGAAUGGGCGUGGCGAAAAACGGAACUUACAUUAAAAAUUUUAUUUGGCAAUCAAACCCAGCAAUCUGUAAAACGUCAAAGUUUUGUAUUGAUACGGAUUUGUUUGUUGUUGUGAUUUCUUGCGGUUUUUUGUAUUUAAUCAUGUCUAAAAGGGGUAAAACCUUACAAGUACGGUAGAAAAGUACUACAGCGUCCUCCAAUCUAAAUCCCAUUCUCUUUUCGCACAGACUCGACAGUUGUAAUGUUUAGUUAUCACACAAAUAUUAUAAAGGCGAAAGUUUGUGAGUGUGUAUGUUUGUUACUUCUUCACGUCUAAACGGCUGGAGCGAUUUUAAUAAAAUUUUGUAUAGAUUUAGCUAACACCUUGGAUCAAUACAUGCUGAUAAUGAUACUGCGGGAAUAUAUUCAUAAUAAUCCGCGGGUAACACCGUCGCGCCCAGCGUACGUAGUAACGAUUAAGUAAUAUGUGCCGGCGUGUCGCGUUGUGUGGCGUAUUUCAUAAUAAUUCAUCAUCAUUAUCAUCAGCCUAUUGAUGUCCCCACUGCUGGAGCACAGGCCUUCCCUAUGGAUGGAAUAGGGAGAUUUGGCCAUGACCCACCACGCGGGUCCAGUGCGGAUUGGCGGGUGCUAACGACUGCAGAUGCAGCCGGGACCAACGGCUUAACGUGCCUUCCGAAGCACGGAGGAACUCGAGAUAGAAGAUUUUUGGUCACCCAUCCAAUGACCGACCACUGCGAAAGUUGCUUGACUUCAACGAUCGCAGCCGAACGCGCUAACCACCUGCGCCAUCGAGCUCCUCAAUUAUAGUAUACAACUGUUUAUAUCGCGGCAGCGUCGCGUUGUUUUCCCGCCCCACUCGCUGUCUGAAUGAACCUUUAAGUGUGUUCAGCUUCUAAGUAUUCUCUAAAAGAAUGUUCCACGGAGCGCAUUUUGCUAUCUAAAGUCUAAACGGUGCCAAAACUCUACAAACCGGAUAUGAAAAAUUGAUUUUAACUUAAAUGUUUUAAAGUUUCAUCAAUUUAUUUACCAUGAAAAUUUUGUAAAUAGGUACGUAUUAAAAUAAUAUAUGGGUGAUAAAUUGUAUAACUUAUUUAAUAAUUUAAUAAAAUGGUUCUAAUAUUUAGACACGUAAUUUUUUUUAAUUAAAAAUUAAAGUAUAUAUUAUACUUAGUGAAUAUAACUAUGUUGUAUAACAAUGCAAUGUUUUCUAUUCUUCUAUUUGAUAAAUGUAUGCGUGCGUUUAUGUGUGAAAUUAAUUUUGUAAGAUCCUUCUGUAGCGUAUUUCAUGAAUGUAUGCUAGAAAAAGCUAGGCAAUUAUAAUUUUAAUAUUAAUAAAUAGUUAAUAUUCUUUUAUAUAUUUGUAUAGAACAAUAUACACAACAAUAGGGUAUUUGACAAGUUUUAGAAAACAAUCUCACGUUAUUGACUAAUGUUUAUGGAGUCCGUAAAAAGAAAUAUUCAUCAUUCUGUUGUUUAUUUCAGUAAAAAUAACCAAAUCAAAAACUCUAUUUUCAAGUUGCCGCGAAAGCGUUUCUCUGGACAAUAUGGCGUCUUACUAGUCUGUGACGUCACACGACUGUUAUUAGAACGUCAAACGAUACAAUGUAAUUUCACUUCAACCGGAAGUUUACUUGCUUGUGACGUCAUUUUACGCUCCGCCAAUACCAAGCGUUUUGGGUCACGUGACAAUAGAUAAGAAAACUAUUAUCUUUCUCGUUAGUUUUUAGUAAAAUUAUGAAUAUUUUUUUUUGUAAAAAUAGUAAAAUCCCCUGCCAAUAUUCAUUCUAAACACAGAUGCUAACAAUUGGCACUUUAUUUUUAACACUCAAAUACCCUAUUAUGUAUUAAUAAUGUAUUUGAAAAAGACGUCGCUGGCGUUGCAAAACUGUCUAUCUAUGAUUUUUGUAAUUUUGGCUACGUAAACAAAGGUUGCUUGAGAAAAGAAUUUGUAUAGUGCUAGUAGAAAAUUACUUGCGCGAUAUUAAAGUGAAACUUGUAUUACGUCGCCACAAAUUUUUUAGUUCAUAUUUAGCAUGUGGAAUUACUUAUUUAAUUGUUAUUAAUCAAUUCAGGCCUAAUUAACGCGCAUCGUUGGUGUAUUCCAACCGGAUUCCAUUAACAGUCGACUUAGAGUUUUUUCAACUAUUUAAAAAAACUUUAAAAAUUUACUACCUACACCACUUUGAAAGUUGUUUGAAGUGCCAAAUACUUUUUCAACACAUUGCUCAAAAAAUGCAUGAUUACGGAGGUUGUAGGUACUAUUUUCGAAAGUUCGAAAUUACGGGCCAUACAUGGCCAUACACUUAUUGAUUCAUACAAUUGUAUUGCGAUAUUAGGCAGGAUUAGUUUGUUUUAUAUUCCGAAAAUAUUUAAGUUUAUUAUAUUUAAGUAAUGUUUAUUGCAGAUUAAAAACUGAUUUUAGCAAAGCGUGUGUAAUUUUAACGGCUAUAUAUAAUUAUUUGAUUUGUCUGACGGUAGGUAGGAAAUAAAUUAUCAGUGAGAAACAUUAUGUCUGUUGGGGGGGGGGGGGGGGGGGGAAUCAUAGGUUUUUGUUAUAAAUCAAUAUAACUAAUUGUUUUUGUUACAUGAUUAUUAUUUAUAACCAUUUUGUCAAUAGUCGAAAGGCACUUAGAUGAAAAAAAUGUUUAUAGUUAAUCUGCUAUUGCGAAAAUAAAUUGCUUAGUGAAAAUGCGAUUAAGACUAACUUCUUAAUUAGCAUUUUGUUUUUAACAAAAUACUGCCAUUACAUUGAUUAAUACUUGUUAAGUAGUAAUAUAUAAUAUUUAUUUUAAUGUGUUAGGUGCACUUAUGUUAAUUAAGUAAUAAAAGCUCAGAUACAGGCAACCACACACAGGGCCGUAAUUAGAGGAGGGGAAGAUUAUGGGACAAUGCCCAACCUUAAAAUACCACUGCUUUACCUGUAAUUACUGCUUCCCUAUCUUAAAUACAACUCUGGCUACGGCCCUGACCACACAUGAAGUUACCAUAAGCUGUUAAAUUCGCAAAAGAUUGAUAAUUUAUCGAUAUAAAGACCUAAAUUCUUAUUCUUCUUUUAUUAUGGCAUGACGGCUAAUGUUGCCAUUUGCCAUAAAGGUCUAAAUUAAAUUUAAAGGCCAACUGGUCAACUAACCAUAGAUUGUAAAAAGUGUUUUAAGUAAAUUUUUAUUUAGAUUCAAAACGCUAACAGCUAAAUGCUUAAAAUUGGGGUUUGGAUACUUACGGUGUUUAUGCUCCAACAUGUUGUCUACAAUGCAAAAUCAUGUUAUAAAUAUAUCUGAGAAAAAUCUCGUACAUUAAAUUUAUCUGACAAAAUCUCGUACAUAUGUGUAGUGUUCUCGUACCUCGUACGGAAACCAGAAAUCUCGUAUUUGUACGAGAAUUCUCGUACGGUUGGCACACAGACCUAGAUUGAAAUAGACACUGCAUGUGUUUUCAAUUGUGUGAGUGUUAGAUUUUGAACACCCCCGAAAACAAAUUAAGGGGUAAAAAGGCAUGGACCACGACCACCUAUUUCAAUUAUAUCGUUUUGACAACUUAAUUAGACAAAGCAUAUACGAGUAACUUAAUAAGACAUCUUUUGCAAGGAUGGGUGCGUAUACGCACGUAAUGAUCUAAUUUUUGUGUAGAUUAAACCUUGGCAGCCCAAGUUAAUAUGUAUGUCUGUGUAUGUAAUAACGUGUUGUGUGUAUCUUUUGUAAUUUUACUAACACUUGCUUAUGAAUAUUCUUACUAACACUGACUAUGGGCACUGCCUGAAAUAAAUAAUAAUAAUAAAAUAUAUAUUCAUAAUAAUAAUAGAGGAGAUCGAUAGCGCAAGUGGUAAGCGCGUUCGGCUGCGAUCGCUGAAGUUAAGCAACUUUCGCAGUGGUCGGUCCUUGGAUGGGUGACCAAAAAAAAUACUAUUUCGAGCUCUUCCUUGCUUCGGAAGGCACGUUAAGCCGUUGGUCCUGGCUGCAUCUGCAGUUGUUAGCACCCGCCAAUCCGCACUAGGCCUGCGUGGUAGGUCUUGGCUCAAACUCCCUAGUGGGGACAUUAAUAGGCUUUUAAUGAUGAUGAAUAAUAAUAGUAGAUAUUUUUUAAACAUUGCGAUUGACAUCCGGAGAACGGUGACGUGAAGAAAUGAAUUAGCGUCAAGGAAGACCAAUGGUCUAACUUUUUGGAGUGUUUUGUCAUGCGAAGUACAUACGUUAGAUUGUCUAUUUCGAUCUACAUCUGUGGUUUGUACCAACUUAAUUUAUUUAAAAAAAAAACUGCUCUUGUAAAAAUCCUCGUAAAUCACAAAAAAUGGUUAAGCACUGGAAAAAAAGACAAACAUUGUGAUGGGCUAUAAUGAUCCCUUCAACAUUAAAAUGCAAGCAAAUUUAAUAAUUCAUUAUGUUGAUAACUCAAUUUAGAUGAGUAUGCAAUUAUAUUGUUAACAUUUUACAAGCAUCUACAUAUAUCACAAAUCAAUUAAAAAAAAAAAAAAUUACAUUAUGUUGUUUUUUGUUAUUACAUGUCAUAAUAUUUUUUUUUAUAUUUUAAUUUUAGAGUCUUUAAAACUGCUAGUCUCUUACUUAAGCAUUUUCUACACCCAGUGGUUCAACGAAAAAAGUAACCCUUAAAGAGUGUGUGACAGCUUCGUUUGUAUUUUAUGUAAGUUUUAUUAUAUUUAUAGAGUUGUGAUUGUUAAUUGUCAGAAUUUAUGAAAUAAAAAAUCCGA